GAGAAAGUCAGAUUUUCUUUCAGUGUCCCUGCUUUACUCUGUAUGGGAGCACAUGUUGCUGAAAGAAAACUUUGCUGAGAUUCUGAAAGGAAGAAAAAAAAAUGGUUGAUCCGGUAAGUGCCGUUGAUGUGGCUCUCUCUCCUGUGGAGUCCAGUCUGUACAACAAUGUCCAGGCUCUUCUCAAAGACAUGAGCAGCCAAAGUGCUUCACAUAAAGGAGUGCUUAGAUGGAGUCUUCAUAAGAAGCUGGAGGCCGAUCCAUGCGGCAGCAUUUCAUUGAUCCGAAUGCUGGUCAAAGAGCUGGACAAAGAGCUGAGGAGCGUUAAAAAGAUUCCUGAAACACAGUCCUAUAAGCACGUCAUCCCAGUGCUGCUCACUCUCUACUAUGCCGUUAUCCAGUCGAGUGUGGUGAUUCCUACCAGCCUUUACCAGACAGUGUGUGAGCGUUUGAUGAAACUGCUGAUAUUACCAUCUCCUUACUCUGCUGUGGCCCUGAGCACUCUGAGGAACAUCAAGAUGGAAAUGUCCACACCAGGCUCCUUAUAUCAGAGGAAAGUCACUUCAGAGCAAAAUUUGAGGAACUCCACCUUGCAAGAAAAGGUGUUUGUGCUCGCGGAUCCAGCUGUGUUUUCUGCUCCACUGGAAGCAGCAGUGAGAGCACACCUGGAGACCUCCAGCUUGGUCAGGGACACAACCACCAUGGAGAUAAACUUGGUGCAGCGUGUGCUGCAGAUGGGAAUGGGGGCGACCUGUCACAGCUCCAGACUGGCUCAGGCUCUGGAGGUGAAGGAACAUACAGUGGAUACAUUUUUCCAGAAAGUGGUUGUAGCUGUGGAGCAGAGUGUAAUGAAUGAUGCAGGUGGUCGUGCAAACUAUCUGAAGAAGCUUCAACGCAUCUACAGAGACAUCUUGACUGCCUCUGAAGAAGGUUUUACAAAGCUGGAACAUGAUUCGGCGUGCAGCACUGAAAUGCCCUUUCCAGAGAUCAACUUCCUCUUGUGGAAAGACGAAGAGGAUCUAUGGGAUCUGCUGGCAAACCUUACCCGGUGCUCCUGCUCUAACUCAACUAGUGUUGAUGAAGAAGAGAAGGAAAAAAGAGACUCAGUUCAGUCUGCGGACAGCGGGAUAGGGAGAGAUCUGAAGGACUUCGAUGACACAUUGCGGUCUCCGGUCACAAAUCCUACGACAUCGUUCUCACGGAGAAACGCCUUUAAGAGCAUGAAGCCAGCAGAUAGACUGAGCCUCAUGAAAGAGAAGAUCGACGCUUUUCCUGGAAACUCUAACGUCCUGGACAAAGACGCCGCCCGCCACACAGCAAGGGUGGUGGUCAUGGGGGACGAUCGUGUGCUGGGACGACUUACCAGGGCUUAUCACUCUAUUCGAGAAAGAGAAUCAAAACGUCUUAUUUUGACCAAGAAACUGAACCUACGGUUGUACUACAUCCCAGUCACUGAUGAGGAGCCUUCAUUCAGUUCACCUGAAAGCCCAAGUCACACUGAAGACAGAUUGUCUCUGGCCUCUGUGUUGGGAAGAGUGGAUCCAUGGUACGACAGCAAUAUCAACAGUCUGGGAGCUGCCAUCUCCAAACUGCCUGGAACGCUGUCAAACCACAACAAGACACAAGAGCAGAACUUCUUCCUCCUGGACACUUUGUGUUACUACCUCCGCUGUGGGACACAGCCAGUUAACCUGCCUCUUUAUUCGGUUAAGAUGACCCGCAUCGUCAGUGACGUGAGUUCUGUGGUGGAGGAGGUGUUUGUGUCCCAUCUAGAGGCAGACAUCCCAGAGUUCAGACACCUUAAAGAAACCAUCCAAAGGCCGUCUGCACGCCGAAAGAAGUCAGUCGUCUCUAUGGUCCUUGGAGCCGUCAUCUCAAUCAAUUAUACAAAGAUGUCUCUGAGCAAAAGAGAAGUUGUGAAAGGAGAUGCACCCAUGACAUGUGGCUUGGUGAUUACAUCAGAGCCAGCAGCUGUAACAUCAGGAAUGGAUCACCUUACUGUCAGGUUUGACAGUGUGAACCCAGGACAAAACACAACAAUCCAAACUCAGAACAUCAGCAUCAGGACACUGGAGCAACGAAGACUCUCUGUGUGUUUGGACAAGGACCCCCGCAGGACAUAUACAGAUGUUCAAAGGGUAGAAAUCUCUCCGUGCUUGGACCCAGGAUGCAGCGUCCGGACCAGGAUCGGUAGCAGCCAAGAUCGAGAGCUGCUGUUAAGCAAGUAUCUGGACAAAGUCCUGUCUCUGCCCAUCAACACCUUCACCGGUAUGAACUCCUGAGGGACACCAACACUCCUGAAGGUCUUGAUGUCGCUGCCCAUCAACUCCUUCACUGGUAUGAACUCACUGUCCUCUUCAUGUGUACAUAUGAUGCAUGCUGCUGUACAUAAUGCUCCAUCAACAACAAACUGUGUAGUGCAAAGUGUAACUUUAUCAAAAGUGUAUAUACUGCUUCUUAUUAUUGCUAAUGAGGCUGGCUUAAAAUAAAAGUCUAAAUGUGUCUAUUGUGUUGUAUUUAACAUAUGUCUUUGCUAUUGUAAUGUGAAGCCCCUAAGAUACUUAUCACUAUUUAUAAUAUUAGAACAAAACACACAAGUAAUGCAUACACUGCAAAAA